GUCUCAAAACUGGAGAUGGCUCUUCAGGUGGCUCAGGGAAUACUUUCCACUACACCUUCCAUGGAGACCUCCAUGCCACUUUCGCAUCCUUCUUUGGAGGCUCCAACUCUUUUGGUAUAUUCUUCACUAGCAGCCGCUCCCAGGUAUUCAAUGAUUUUGACCAGGAAGGCAUGGAUAUCAAUGACAUUGACAACCCUUUUAGUGCCUUCAGCCAGUUUGGUUUCAAUGGCAUUAAUGGGGUUCACUGGCAGCACCAGGAGUCCCUGCACACAUGGAGAAAAGUUCAAGACCCACCCAUCAUCCAUGAGCUCAAGGUGUUCCUGGAAGAGAUCUAUGAUGGCUCCACAAAGAGGAUGAAGAUCACUUGCAGAAGGCUCAAUGCUUAUGGCCAGACCACGUAGAGUGAGGACAAGAUCCUAAACAUUGUCAUCAAAUGGGGUUGGAAGGAGGGAACCAAAAUCACAUUUCCCAAGGAAGGGGAUGCCACCCUAGACAAAAUCCCUGUUGACAUCAUCUUCAUCCUCAAGGACAAACCUCACUUGCAUUUCAAGAGGAAUGGGACAAAUGUGAUCUACACCACAAGCAUCAGUCUUAAAGAGGCCUUGUGCGGCUGCACCGUGAACAUUCCCACCAUCGAUGGACGGGUGAUCCCACUUCCCUGCAACGACAUCAUCAAGCCAGGGACAGUGAAGAGACUGCGUGGGGAGGGGCUGCCCUUCCCCAAGGCCCCCAGCCAGCGAGGAGACUUGAUCGUGGAGUUCAAAAUCCGCUUCCCAGACAGAAUAGCUCCCCAGACGAGACAGAUCCUCAAGCAGCACCUCCCAUGCUCCUAG